AUGGUGACCAAUUUGGAGAUAUUGUCAAAAGAGAUGAUUAAACCAUCAUCUCCAACACCCCAUCACCUUAGAAACCUCCAAUUAUCCUUGCUAGACCAAAUUACACCAUCUGCUUACAUCCCUCUUAUUUUCUUCUACAAUGCUAACCAGUUGCAAUCUAGAGGGCUUACCAGUGAGAUAUCUUCAGUUGAUUGCAAUGAUUCUGGUGCACUGUUUGUUGAAGAUCAAGUUCAUACUACCCUCUCGGAGGUUAUAGAAAAACCCAUCAUGGAGGAACUCAAACAAUUUGUUCCUCUUGAGUCAAAUGCCAGAAGUGCCAUAGAUAAGCCCAAAACAGUACUUCUUGCCGUUCAAAUCACUUUCUUUGAUUGUGGAGGCGUAGCUAUAGGAGUGCAAAUUUCGCACAAAAUUGCCGAUGGCACGUCCUUGGUUACAUUCUUGAAUUCAUGGGCAGCAAGCUGCCGCGGAGAUGAUGAACAUAUGUUACCACCUGCUUUUGAGUGGGCGAAACUUUUUCCUCCAAUAGAUAUGUCAUGUUUUGGUUUCAAACUACCCACAGCCAAGACGAAAGAAAAGAUUGUGACUGAACGCUUUGUGUUUGACAAGGAAAAGCUUGCAAAACUUAAACAAGCUGCUGCUUCUAUUCCUGGAUCAAAAGGAAACUAUCCUACCCAAGUGAAGGCUGUUUCAGCUUUCAUUUGGAGCAAUUUCAGAACGGCAUCCAAUUCUAAGAAGAUGGUUACAGCAUCCCCGACUUCCUCUCACUAA